AUUGGUUAUAGUUGUGAAAGAACAUUGGGGAGCUGCAGCAGAGAUUUGGUGUAGUGUGACUGUACCAGCAUCAACGCUAAACCUGGUCUGUGAUUAAUCUCGCCUUCAAAAUUCAGCAGUUCCGCGCACCGACCAAAAUAAAACAGACUUUCUUUUAAUGGGGAUUGAAACCUUUGCCGCGUGUGAUCUUUGGAGUUGGGAAACGUGGUUUGAUAUUUUAAUACACGCCACGUGGUUGUCAUAUUUGUAUAAGGAAAAUACUUCGGUCCUUAAUGCUAGAAGCAGAUCGUCUGCUAAAAGUCUGCUGUUGAGUUGAAAGCCAAAGCAAGGUGUGAGCAACCUGCAGGAAGUUUACUGAUAAAUUUGCUUGUGGAACCAUGUCAGCUGUUGCUUAUAUCGAAUAUUUGGCCGCCGAAUGCUUGGUCUCCAUCUCCAAUCGCCCUAUCGUGCAUCAGUCUCCCGGACAGCAGUUGACUGAAGACAGUAAGGGAGACCCCAGGGAGGGCUGCAAGGACGGAGGGUCCCUCACCACCAUGGCCAGGAUCCUGGCCGAUCUCAGCAAGCGCCAACCGCUCUCCCAAUUCGGAUGCAGUCACAUUGAGGGCUGCGUUAACUCCGAGGGAGAUGCGUGCAGCGUGCUCGAUGGCGGAGCCCAGCGCUGGGAGCCGCACCUUGACAAUGGAAUUGCGCCGGAGUUUGGACUGCUAGAGUGCAACGUAACGGGUGAGGUAAAGUCCUUUUCGGGCAAGAGACACGAGUGCCCCUUUACUGGAUGUGGAAAAGUGUACAGAAAGUCUUCGCACCUGAAGGCACACUUUAGAACGCAUACAGGGGAAAGACCCUUUCCUUGCACAUGGCCUGACUGCAGCAAAAGGUUUUCCCGUUCUGACGAACUCACACGACAUUACAGAACUCACACCGGGGAGAAAAGGUUCAAGUGCCCCAUGUGUGAGAAAUGCUUCAUGAGGAGUGAUCAUUUGACCAAGCAUGCCAGGCGGCAUCCUGGCUUUCAUUCCAGCAUGCUUCAAAAGCAAUGUAGGAGAAUUGGGCCGCUUCGAUCAGCAGCCUCUGAAACAGCAAAAGCCUAGCUUUUGGGAGCAAAGAGACAGCAGGCUGCUGAAGUCACUGCAUCGUUGGUAUGCCAAUUUGUCUUUGCUGCUGUUAAAGUGUGCAGUUUGUAUUCUGCACUUUGGUGCUGUGGUCUCAAACUCUGGGGCACUUUCUGGUAGUGGGUCUCUGUUUGCUAGUGGAUCCAUUGUUGGCCAGCAAGUUUUGUUGUCACAGCCUUGCACUACAACAGAUUCUCAACAUUUCCAAUAAUUCUGGGUGCAAUUUGAAACGCAGUCUCCUAAACUAUGCAAUAACGACUCCUGCACUGCUAUCCUCUCUGCUGGUGUGAAGGUUUACUCAACACUUUUUUUUCCCUUAGCCGGACAGAGACUUGGUUCGUCUGUUUAGUGUAGUAAAAACAAGGCAGCAUUACUUCCACUGGUGCUCGAAAUGAUGUGAUUUUGAAUUUACACCAGCAACAGGCUAACGGCAAGAUUUACAAACUGAAUACUGCAGUGGCGGAUGUGACCAUCUAAAUGCCUUGUCCUAAUUAUGACUGGUGGUGUAUUUUACAUGUUUAUCCACAAUAGGAGAUGGGGAAAGGGGUAGAAGAGAAUGCUUUCCUCAGCUUUGGCAAGAUAAUGUUUUAUGUUUUACAGUGCUAACUUUUUUGAAGAACAAAUACUGGAAAAUCUACCUCUCUAAACUAGAGCUAGCAAAAGUAUACCUUUACAUAUUACAAUGAUUGACCGUGCAAAGAUUAUUUUGCCACAGUUCUACCAGAUCAUAGGACUGCUCUCUGAGACAGGGGACUGGUGGUAGUUUAACUUGAGGGUAACCAAGCUUCAGGUGAGGGUGGUGUGGGGGGAGGGGGGGGGGGUGGCGCAAGAGAUGUAGUACUUCUGUGUGAAUGUCUACAGAUCACAUUGUACCAUUGUCUGGUUUAGCCCUUUUACUGCAUGUAAUGCAAUUAUAUUUCCUUUUAUUCAUCUGAGAUCUUGCAAUUUGUAUUUUGUGAAAGCUGAAUAAAAUAAAUACCUAAAAAGUU